GAUUUUCGGUGUCGGGAAUCGGGAUGGAUGUGGAGGAAGCUUUUCAGGUGGUCGGAGAGUUCGGAGCCUACCAGAAACGAGCCGUGGCCGUCCUGGCUCUGACUCAGGCUUGAGUGUGUGUUUUUUGAGCGUUAAAAUGUGCCCCCCGGCCCAUCGGAUGCGCUCUGGCGCCGACACUGACGCACACUUUGAAUCCUUGCUUGAAUUUCUUCUUUGUUUUGUUAGUCAGCAAAAACUCAUUGAAGUCAAGUCAGCGUCCGCGUGGUUUCUUGUGCUUCUCUCCAAUAAAUGGCUAACUCGGAAUGAACGCCUCCUGCCCGAUGAUAGCUGAGAUAGGCUCCAGCACGCCCGCGACCCGCGUGAGGAGAAGCGGCUCAGAAGAUGGAUGGAUGGAUGGAAUGGAAUGUCUUUGAAGUUGUCACGAGUAAGGUGCGGCCGCUCGAGGUCGCCUCGUUUGUUCAUCGACGCACACGAUAUUUGUAUAUGCGGCAUCUCGUCUUCCCAUUUGAUGAAUUCUUUUUCCCAGUCCUGAUGGAAAAAAUGGAAGUACGUCUUUCUUUUUUGCCGGAGCAGAUCAAUUUGACGAUACCUGGUGAAGUUUGCAGGUGCACUAGCAGCGUAACCGUUUUAGGCUUUUCAAAAUAAAAUGAACAAAAGUAUAAGAUUCAUAAUUGGUGUGCCAAUUUAACGAAGAACCGACUUGUGAGUGUCCAACCAAGACGUAUUUAAAAUGAGAAGAAAAUAUAUCACGAUCAUAGUUUUUAUUUCUAUCGCGAAGGGCGUGAAGAGCUCCCCGUCGAUGGCGAUCGACGUGUUGGGCACCUGUGUUAUAUGAGCGUAUUUCCGGCGUACAGUGAGCGUCCGUGGAGUGUGGCCGUCUGUAUGUGUUCCAGGUGUAUAUGGCGUGUCAGUCCAUGUUGGUGGUUCUGGUGGGAGCCACUCCAGAGUUUCACGUGGAGAAGCACGACGGCCUCGUGUCCUCGGUCACAUUUUUCGGGGACGUGGACUCCAUCGUGACAGAGUGGCUCCUGGUCAAGCGGCAGGCCUACAAGGUCGGCUUAGCCGGAUCGCUCUUCUUCGCCGGCCUCCUGCUCGGGAGCUUCGUCUUCGGACCGCUUUCCGACACCGUCGGCAGGAGACCCGUUUACCUGACGGCUCUGUUCUUGGAGGUGCUCCUGGGUUACGUGACGGCGGCGUCUCCCAGCUACGAGGUGUUCGCCGCGUCGCGCCUCCUGGUGGGUCUGAUGAACGGCGCCAUCGGGCUGGUCUGCUUCACCCUGACGCAGGAGUACGUGGGCAGGUCCUACUGGGCCACGACAGGGACGCUGACCAGCAUGACGUUUGCGGUGGGCAUCGCCCUCUUCGCAGCUCUGGGUUUCGCCAUCCGGCCGUGGAGGACCCUGGCGGCGGCGGCCAACACUUGGGGGGUCCUCUGCUUCUUGCUGUCCGCAAUGCUUCCGGAGUCUCCUCGGUGGCUCUACUCUCGCAACCGCACCCGGCGGGCACAGGAGGUCAGUCGAGGGGCUUUGGAGGGAAACGUAGGCCUGGUGAUGCGGCACAUGGCGCUGACGAACGGCCGCCCCGCCCCCAACCUGACGCUGCGCCGGGCGGGCGGCGGCGGCUCGGCGGGCUUCCUGCAGCUGGCGAGCCAUCCUCUCCUCCGCCUCAGGACGCUGCUGCUCAUGUAUGUCUGGUAUGUGUGCAGUCUGGUGUAUUACGGCCUGACGCUGGGCGCCGGCGACAUGUCAGGAAGUCGUUACCUGAACGUGGCCAUGUACGGCCUGGUAGAGCUGCCUGCCUACCCGCUCUGCAUCUACUUUAUGAACAAACCCUGGGCCGGCCGGAGGAAAAGUUUGUCGGGUUUCUUAUGUUUGGCUGCAUCGGCGUGCCUCUGCACCGUCUUCGUCCCGGAGGAUGCAGGCUCGUCGCUGGGCGUGACGGCGUUGGCGCUGUUGGGAAAACUGACGGUCAGCGCGGCGUUCAACAUCGUCUACGUGUACACGUCCGAGCUGUACCCCACCGUGCUCAGGAACGCCGGUCUGGGAGUUUGCGCCAUGUCCUGCCGAGUCGGAGGAAUUCUCGCUCCGUUUGUUCCUUCCACGUACAGGGGUGCGGGGCUCGACACCGACACCCGCCAAAUGUGCGGGAAUUGCAACAGUCGCGGCUGGCGGCGGGCGUUGGCCACAGCCAUGCCGUUCACCGUCUUCUGUUUGAGCGGCCUCUCCGCCGGAGGUCUGGCGCUCCUGCUGCCGGAGACCCUGAACGCACCGCCGGCCCAGACGCUGGAAGAACUACUUCCCGGCCGCAGCCGAGUUCUGGAGAACAAGCCGCUCCUCUAUGAAGAUGACAAGUGAGAACUUUGAAUCAAGUGGCAAAAGAAGCCACCAACGUCGUCCUCAAACCGGUGGUCUUCCUCGACGUGAGCGCGACCGGACGGGAGGUCGCAGAGACAACUUCACAAAAUUGCAAGAGCUUUUUUUUGCAAUGCUGCCUUGGAUUGUUUCACGAUGAAACCUAUUUUUCUACGGUGAUAAUCAUUAUUCACGUGUUUAGAUAUGUUUAUAAAUGUUCUAUUUUUUCAUGAAAAGUUUUUUCUAUUCCUCAAUUAUGUUAAAUAUGUAGAAUGACAUUUGGAUGACGUCAAGUCCCUUCAAGAGAGCAUUUAGUGCUUCAUCCAUCUAGAACAUAAUGUAGAAAGUACAAAUAAUUAAAAGAAAAAAAACACUGAA